AUGCUGUUUUCCCCGGUUCUUCUUUUCCUACUGGUGCUUAGAGUCACCAGCGUUGCCCAAGGAAAAUCCGUCUUCGCCCACUUCAUGGUUGGCAAUACAGAAGCCUUUGGCGUCAGCAACUGGGAGGCUAACAUCGAGACUGCGCAACAAGCCAAGAUCGAUGCCUUUGCCCUGAACAUUGCCCAUGGCUGGUCACAUAAUGACGAGCAGAUAGCCAAUGCCUUCACUGCGGCCAGCGCCAAAGGCUUCAAACUGUUCUUUUCUUUUGACUACGCCGGCGGCGACGUUCCUUGGCCGCUUGCCGAAGUCAGAGCUCUUAUUCAAAAAUACGGCGCCAGCGCGGCGCACUUCCAGUACCAAGGCAAGCCCUUCGUGUCUACCUUCGAGGGCCCUGACAACGCCGAUGACUGGAACACGAUCAAGGCAGACACGGGCUGUUUCUUCAUCCCGGACUGGUCGUCCCUCGGUGCUGGCCCGGCUUUGGACGCCGGUGGCGGCGUAGCCGACGGCCUCUUCAACUGGGCCGCCUGGCCUUACGGCGAGCGGAAUAUGACGACCUAUAUCGACGCCGCGUAUCACGGACUGCUGGGCUCCAAACCCUACAUGAUGCCCGUGUCACCGUGGUUCUUCACAAAUUUGCCCGGAUACAGCAAGAACUGGCUGUGGAAGAGUGGUGAUCUGUGGUAUGACCGCUGGAAGCAGGUCACUUCAAUGGACUUCGAGCCUGAGUUCUUGGAGAUCAUCAGCUGGAACGACUACGGGGAGUCUCAUUACAUUGGGCCCCUCGACGAUUCUCAGUACGAAGCCUUCACUGUUGGAGAUGCCCCUUACAACUAUGUCAAAGAGAUGCCCCACGACGGAUGGAGAACGCACCUUCCGUUUCUCAUCGAUCUCUACAAGACCGGCUCGUCCUCCGUCACCAAGGAGAGCAUGGUGACUUGGUUUCGCACAUCUCUCAACUAUGUCUGUGCUGACGGCUCCACUACCGCCAACACGGCUAGUCAGCUACAAUUCGAGUAUUUGCCGGGCCAAGUGAUGCCGGACCGCAUUUACUUCUCGGUUCUCUUGGCCAGCCCGGCCGAGCUGAAGGUCUCCUUCGGAGGCACCGACUAUUCCAUCAGCAACUGGGACUACACGCCGGACGGCGGUGUCGGAAUCUACCACACAAGUAUCCCGGUCCUUGGUACCGGCGGCGCUUGGCGUGCGCAAGUCGUGAGAGGAGGCAGUGUGGUCAUCGACUACUCGGUGCCCCAGGGUAUCUCUGGAAGCUGUCCAUCCGGUGUCGUCAACUGGAACCCGUGGGUAGGAUCGGCUUCCGCGAGCGGCUCCGUCUCCGGGAAGCCUCCGCGUGACCUGUCCGAGCAGACUUGCAUCCAGGGCUGGGGCGAGGGCAACUUCAACGACAUCUGUAAGUUCACCUGUAAGUACGGCUACUGCCCGUCCAGCGCCUGUGUCUGCACCAACAUGGGCGAAGCCAUCAAACGGCCCAAGUCGACAGGUGUCCUCGGCUACCCUGCCAACGGCGAUGCCAAUUACGGCGGGUUGUGCAACUUUGCGUGUAACCUGGGAUACUGCCCUUCCACUGCAUGUUCUACGGAGAAGCAUAACCCGUACGUACCCAAGACUUCACCUUUCAACCCAAACACCUGCACCGACGGCGGGGGACACGGGACCGUCUCUCGCCUCUGUUCGUGGACGUGCCACUACGGCUUCUGUCCUAUUCACUCCUGCUUCUGCACCAGACAGGGCCCUCUCAAUCUGCCUCCUCCGACGGUCAAAGUUAGCGGCGUCAAGGCCAACUUUGGCAACGACAACGGCCUGUGUGCUUUCGCCUGCUCUCACGGAUACUGCCCUUCGCCCGAGUGCAGCUCCGAUGGCGGUGAUGGUGGCGGCGACGACGACGGCAAUGGCUCCGGCGGCGGGAGCCCCGCCGUUAACGUGGUCGUCGGAUACUUCCAAGCAGAUAGCAUCACCCGCCGAGGUUGCGCUCAGAGAUCCGCCAGCUUCGUCCCGACGAACUCGGUGACGCACGUCAACGCGGCAUUUGCGUGGGUCGAGGCCGGGAGCUUCUCCUUGAUCCCCGGCUCCAGCACCGGGAUUGACCAGCUCAAGCAGCUCACUGCGCUCAAGAGUCAGGCGCGUGGGCUUCAUGUAUGGCUCACACUCGGGGGAUACGACUUCUCAACCGGCUCGCGUCGGGCAUCGGAUACGGAGGGUAUCUUCGCCGACAUAGUGAGAACCUCGCAGAGUCGGCAGAAGUUCCUGAACAAUCUCGCCUCCUUCAUGCAAGAAUUCGCUUUUGACGGCGUCGACGUCGACUGGCAAUGGCCAGCGGCCGGUGAUGAGUCCAAGAACUAUGCGCUACUGAUUCAGGAGAUGCGGCUGUAUUUCAACUCGCACUCGGCGACGUCGUCGGCCUGGGGUAUCUCUUUCACGGCGCCAGUCGAAAAGGAGACUCUCGCACGUUUCGACCUCGCAACCAUGGCGGAUGCCGCCAGCUGGAUCAACCUCGUCGCCUACGAUGCUGACAGCAAGGAUCAGAGCGUCACGCGCGCCAUGUCGGACCAGAAGUCCAUCGAGGCCGCAGUCGACGCGCUGGGUAGCGCAGGCGUCCCGGCGACCAAGAUCAACCUCGGCAUCGGUUUCUUUGGUCGCUCAUACACGCUGGGCUCGACAUCAUGCUCCGGAGUCGGAUGUGCUGCGGUGGGCGCCGGAAUCUCAGGACAAUGUACCGGGAGACCCGGCUUCAUGUCCUACGACGAGAUGAGUUCAAACCUUGGUCUUCGUAACAGCAAGGUCGAUGAAAGCACUGGCAUCAACUACCUGAAGUAUGUUUCUCAUGUUUCCUGCUUGCUCUUCUACGGCGAAGAUAACAAGCAGUGGAUAUCUUACGAAGACCGCAACUCAAUCAUCAAGAAGGUCAAAUACGCUCAAGGCAAGGGGCUUCUUGGAAUCGCGGUCUGGUCCAUCGACCUAGACGAUGACGAUCACCACCUGCUGAACGCCACGUUAUACCCAGGUGGUCUGGGGAGCUUUGCGUUGGCGACGGGCACCGACCAGGCCGACUCAUCCAACUACACCUCGGUCGAGAUCAGCUCGUGUGCCUGGUCCGACUGCGGGACGUCGACGAGCCCAUCGUGCCCGCCCGGCCAGCAGGUCCUCACGACCGACCGCUGCAACGUGGCCUCGGGAACCGGAGAGAAGCUCUACAAGGCCUUAUGCUGCCCGUUCGGGCAGACCCCCGACUCUUCGACUUGCGAUUGGAACCGGUUGGACGGGGGCGACUGCGGCCGGGGCUGCGCCGACGGCCAGGUCCCCAUUGCGUCGGACAAGUGGCUCAUCAACAAGAAAGGGCAAGAGAACUACUGCUUCUUCGGCAUGGCUGACUACUGCUGUGCCGCCGAGGAGUCAGGCCCCGCUGUAUGCGGCUGGGAGAACAAGUGCGUGGCUAUCGGGACCAACGGGCUGCCCACGUCCAGCACCAACGUCUGCUCGGCAGGUCGCAAGUUCGUCACGUACGCAAAGGACUCGCCCGUCGUCGGUGCAUGCAAGGGCGAUGGGAAGGUCAACUCCUGGGUACCUUACUGCUGCGACCAAGACGUCGACGUGUCGUCGUUCAAGUGGUCAGGGGUCGCAGGCACAGCCGGAGAUGGCUCCGACAAGUGCAACGACGCGAGGAUCUGUCCCCUGGGCAAGACCUCCAUCGCCACCUCAUACCUGGGCGCCGGAAAGGACUGCACAUACUUCCAGCAAGGGUACGCACUCUGGAGCGCCCAGGCGUUCCCCCGCGACGUCAAGCGCACGUUAUGUGCGGACCCAAACGCCCUUCGAAGGACCAUCAAGACUCUCCCGGUGCCUUUGGAGAACAUCUUCCCGCACCCGGGCCCGGGCACGGACGAGCAGAGGUGGCAGGUCGAGCUUGACCCAACCAUGGGCGGCGCCGAUCCCACCCCCGAGGAGAGUACCAACGCGGACAAGAACUCGUUCGGCUGGUAUAUCAUGUCCGGGCCGAAGGCCGAGCUCACCUCGCUGGACAAGCGGGACGGAUCCCACUGGGAGCUCUUCGACUGCGAGCCGGGCGCGAACCACGAGGGUCGGCAGACUGUCAGGGCCGUGUGUACCGACAGCUCCUACGAGAGCAACUGCGGCGUCAUCCACGAGGGCCACGGAGUCGCAGGAACUGUCAUCGAGAUGCCUGCCGGCUGCGGUCCCGGGAGAUAUGCCAUGGCCGUAUCUCUCGAGCCGUCCCAGAAUCAGUCGCUUCCUCGACAUCUGGAGAAGCGAGCAGACGAGCUGGCCGACUCUCCCAUCUUCGACCUCACCUUUGACUACGACUUCUCCCCCCUCGACGAUCCCGGCUACUGGAACCAUAUCGUUGCCGCUGCUCCGACCAAGGUGAAGCGGUCAAGACGGGAGAUGGAGGAGGAGGUCCAAGGGACGCACGGCGGGAACUACCACCAGUAUCUCUACCACUUGUGGACAGUGGACAAGCGGUCUACGCCGGAGGACGAACUACACGACCUGCACGCGCGUUGGUUUUCCAAGUCAGGCGCCAUCAAGGACUGGAUCGACCGGCUGCACAACGUCGACACCGAGUACGAGCUGGUUAGGCACACGGUCAACGAGCAGUUCCGCUGGAACAUCUACGAUGAGUCCGUGUCCUGUAACAUCAAGGGCGUGGACACGACGGGCUACUUCACCGCGUGGGCGGAUCUCAACGUCAACAUCCAGUCGUCGGCCCUCGUGACGCUCAUCGGAAACCUGCAGGACCUCAACUCCUUUGAAGAUUCCCACGUGCUGUUCCGCAACAGCGGCUCCGUCAAGGCGUCCAUCAACGCCGAGGCCCUCGCUCACGUCGAGUUUCUCACGGGCGAGAUCGAACUCUUCGGCCUCGAGAACUUUGGCGGCACCUUCACCGUGCCCGGCAUCGUUACCAUCGGUCCCAACUUCCGCGUGCUUGGCCAGCUGCAGGGUUCCGCGACGCUGCAUGGGACUGCGCGCGUCGACCUCACACUCGCCGAGUGGGAUUACACGCAGCAGUACCCCGACGCCAAUGGCGGCGCCAGCGCCGGCGCCGUGACUGCGGCCAGGACGCCUAAGUCAAGCGGCGUACGCUCGUCGGAUUCGCAGUCGGUGCUGCAGGCUCCCAAAUUCUACUACGACGUGGACGCAUCUGGCGAGUUGACCUUGUCAGUGGUGCCAAAGGUCACGCUGGGCAUCGUUUUCAACGACGACUCGGUCUCGGACGCAUCUAUCGACUUUGGCGUCAAUGGUCGAGUCACCUUGUAUGGAUCCGCUGGUUCCAGCUCCGACUCGACGUGGCAAUACUGCUACGGCGUCAAUGGGGAUGUUGAGGUUUUUGCACAACUGAAUGCUCCAACGCUGUUUGGUAAAAACAUCAACACGUAUUACCCAGUAUGGGGAACUGGAUUGUUCCCCAUCAUCCAACAAACCUGCGCUGCAGCCGCUUCGUCGGUCUCGGAGACGACCCCGUCGGCCCAGCCGGCCAGGUUGAUGAAGCGCGGGGACUUCAUCGGAUCGCUCAUCUGCCCUGCAUCGGCAUCGGCCUCGGACGACGUGACACCGUGCCCCUUCUGCUGGGAGUCCUCUGCCACGACUAGCGAUGCGAGCAGCAAGAUCCGGAGGCGAUACGGCUACGUGCUGGAGGAGCGCGCCGACGAUGCUUGCCCGUUGUACACUGACGCCGACGCGAACAACCCCAGCUGCACCCUUGACGACCUCGCGGCCCGCGGCACCAUUGUCCGCCGUCUGACCAGCAAGGACGGUGUGGUCGACUAUGGCACCGAGCAAAUCAAGAUAAGCUUCGGGCAAUAUGCGGGCUGCAAUGAUGCCAAGACGAGCAGCAACAUUCUCAGGUCGAUCAUCUUCAGCACGUCGGGCCGGCGAUGCAAUGCCAACGUGUUCAAGGCCACAAACACCGAGGCCAGAAGUGUCAAAUUGAACACCGAACACGUUUACGAGGCGCAGACCCUCACCAAAUUCUUCAUGUGGCUGAUGAGAGGGCCCGGCGUGACGGUCGGCAGCCACACCAUGCCGACGGCGGAAUGGGUGCUGGAGGUGUUGCUGGGUGUCGACAUCCCAGGGGCUCAGCCGAACUCCUUCAUCAUGAAUACAGCGCCUCUGGGCGUGAACAUGCCUCCGGUGCAGCUGGAUACUGUCUUGAUCUGGGGUUUCGGGCGGUCCGAUGGCGUCGGCCCCUCGCCCUUCACCAAAGCACGCGGCGAGUCCCACCUAGUGCUAGUCGACGAAAUGAUCAACAAGAACAAGGGCAAAUUCAUGAUGCUUCAAAAAGUAUCUGUACAACCCGAAACGCAAGCGGUAAAUUCGUACCGGACUACAUAUCGCGAGGUCUUUGGCGUGUUUGAGUACCUCCGGUGGUCGCCUCCGAGCGGCACGGGUGGCUCGGGCCCUUUCCCCGUCAUUGAACCCGUGUGGAAUAAAUGGAUGCGGGUGUCCAACUGGUUUGACUUGGUGCUCUGGGAGUUUGACAACCAGUACGCCGGACGCUGGAACGAAAGGGCCGGGGCUCCAGUGAACAGCAAUGGCAGCCCUUCGCUCCGCGCCCUCUAUGCUCGAUAUAUUGAGGAUUACCUCCUGGCCAUUGAGCAGACGGCCGCCCUCAAGAGCAACGAGGCCAAGACCGCCUACGAGAAUAAAUUCAAAAGCGUCAACUCCUUGGGAAACGUGGUGUGGAGUAAUACCGACGACCCGAAUUGGUUCAAUGCCGCGUUCGGCGCCGGAGGCUGGGCCAGUCCGGCGGGGGCCAGGUUUCCGCGCCCAGGAUCCGGGGGCACGGGAUGGUCCAUUUUCGGCGCCACCGGGAAUCCCACCAAGACCAUUAACGGGCAAGGCGUCGCAGUCAACAUUGGUGCACCGGCUCGUAUAUAG